AUGCGCAUGGUUUUGGCACCGCCAGACGGCCCCGCCGGUGCGCGAGGAGCAGGACCCGCCUCAGCGGCUCGGCGGUCGCUGGCUGACGCAGCGCCGUCGUCCUUUCGCAGCGUGCUUGUUGACGUGGACGGCCUGCGGUGCGAGGUGCGCUCCAUGCGCAGCGUGCCGCAUGCGCUUUACAGCACACCAUCCGUCUCCCACGUCCUCGCCACGUACGUUCAGCAGCUGAUCGACGACUUCACCCGCUCGCUGGUGCUCUGCCGGCCCGCCGAGCGGAGCAUCAGCAGCCGUGUCAUCCAGGCGGAAACUGGCGAUCCGCAGCGACAGAAACAGCUGCAGUCCUCCGCGACCACCACACUCUGCGCUGCGGACCUCAUGGUGGACGGUGCCCUAUCGUCCGAAGACGAGGAAGCGUACCUGCUGCUGCGCCUGUGCCACCUUCACAAGGAAGAGCAGCAGCCGCAGCAGCCGUCCGAGACCAGCAGCGCUGACGCCUCCGCGAUGGCGGGGUGGCGGAUGGCUGGCGGGAACGGAGGGUCUGUAGCAGAGCAGCUGAUUGCACUCUUCGCUGCUGCAGAUCGGGCGUGUUGUCGCUAUGGGUCCAGCGGCGGUGCCAGGGAGGAGGACAGGGCGCAGCACGACGCUACCGUGCUGAUGCCGCCGCUGCUGUCCUCCCUCUGGCGGUUUAAGCCGAUGCUGCACGACAUGCGGUACCUGGCACAGCAUCUUCUCCUGCCGCGACACGCCUGGCAGCACCACCAGCGGGAGUGGGUCAUCGUGUAUGAGGAUGUCGCCGUGACGCUGCGCGACCGUCUCUCUCGCUGCCGUCGUGCCGCGAUGCGUAGCAGGGGGCAAGAUGGUGAGGCAGUGACCAACGACGAGGAUGGCACGGAAGACUGGGAUGCCGCCAGCAUCCUUACAGACAGGCAGCGACUGUUUCCGGUGUCUGAGCUGCAGCGCCUCUGGCACACCCUAUGGGAGCUGCUCGGCGCCGCGUGGCGCCAGCGCGACCGCCUCUGGGGUGCCUACCGCUACCUGCACGGCCCACACCGUCUGCCCCCGCUGUGCCUGAGUGGCCAAGCGCCGUACGCGGUGCCGCCUGGCGUGCACGCAUGCCCAAUCAUGCGCGAGCAGUACGAAGCCUAUAUUGCCCGCGCGCAUGCCUCGACAGCCGCCCCCUCCCACGCCGUGCCCGCUGCGCUGGCGGCACCGCACGCGGAGGACAGCUGCGCCUUCGGCCCCUUCACGAGCGCCGAGAUCGGCAUCUCGGCGCGGCGGCUGUACGUGCUGCGGCAGCCGCUAGCGGCGGUGCUGCGGACGCUGCGGGUGUCAGUUCCUCCAGCCGGUCGCGACCCUCUCGUCACCUCCGCCACCGCCCUUGCUGGCUUCCAGUACGUCGACGGCCCCGUGCCCAGCGGCCCGGCAAACACGCCGGCGCCGACGACGGACGCGGCAACGCCUCUCGUCGUCCCGCUCUUCGACACCACCAACCAGGACGCGCAGCUGGCAGCAGCAGCGGUGCCGUACGUGUCUCCUGAGGUGUACGUGUCCCUGCAGCAAGAGCAGCAGCACCAGCGACGGCGAGCUGCCUCGUGUAGGGCAUCGCCGAUGGUCUCGUGGCCACCCGUGCACUCCUUCUCCGACGACGUGUGGAACGCGGCGGUUGUCGUGCUGGAGGCGGCGCUCAGUGGCUUCUGUGCGACCGAUGCAUCCAUGUGCCACCUCGCGCUGCCAUCCGUUCACCGCAGCAGCGCUGAUCGGCUCGAUGAGCGGACGGCCAUGUCGCACUCCUCGUCAUUGUCGUCGGUGUACUCGGAUGUGCUGCUGCUGCUCACAGGACGGCAUGUGCUGCCGAGGGCUGCGGCGCACAACUUCCUAUAUGCAGCGCUGUACCACCUGCAGGUAGCGCUGAACACGGGCGGUUGCGAGGAUGUCGAUGAUCGUGGCGAUGCCGAUGGCGCCACGGCGCGCCGGCAAGGCAGUGGCGACGGUACGGCGGCAGCGGUGCUACCGUCGCCGACACGCCUUGCUGGCGAAUGGGUGCGCUACCUCGGCAGCGCCUACGGGCCGGCAUGUCUGAAGGACGGCGGGAUCUUGGCAGAGGUGGCGAGUAAAGGACUCUGCUGGCGCCGGUCAGAGCGGUGGAACGCGUUUGGGAUGGCCCACGUCACGGUCACGACCACGAGUACGACGGCCGCCUGUGCGGAUGGCUGGGCACCCGCUUCGCCGCUCACGCCACUGGAGUCGGUUGACGGCGUGGGCGGCAACAGCCGUGCGCCGGCGGAGCAGCACCGCUCGGCUCACGCCGAUGGCGGCUCGUCGUCCCCCACUUACCUCUCGUCCCCUGCGCCGCCGCUUGCAGACACCUCUGUUGGCGUGGACGAACCUGCGAUGCGUCUCAGCGGUGUGUCGCAGCAGGAUAGCACUGGUGUGGCGGGCACACCCACGCUGAGCUCUCCGUUCUCUGCGCCGUCCCCCACCGUCGGCGCCCCCUCGUCCGCCGACGAUGACCGUGACGCAGCGGCGCUGUUGCGGCCGCCACAGCGGCUGGAUCACACCCUCAACGCCCUCGACACGCCACUCCUGCGCCUACUGAGCCUCGGGCAUCGCCGCGCAGCGCCCGACGGAAAAGCAAGCCGUGCUGGCGUCUCGCCCGCGGGACCGAAGCUGCGCAGAGGUGGCGCGGCAACGGUACACCGCCCCGCAUGCGGCGCCGCAGACGAUGCCGGCGACGUGUGGGCAGCUCUUCCCAGCUACCUGCGCCGCUGCACGAUGAAGGCGGUAUCGGCGGGCGCCUCACCCGCACCGGCAGGGAAGGCGAACGGCGCUGUGGCGGCAGCGGCUGACGCGGACUGCGUUGAUGCGCUGCUACGGCUGCUUUUCUGCUGUCUUGUCCGCACAGCGCGGUGCUACCGCGUCCACGGUGGCACGCACCCCGACUUGGCUGACGAUGCCGCCGGCAAGGGCGAUGCGCCGGCGGAUGUGGAGUGGUGCGAGUACGCCGCCAUGAAUCACCCGUUCUUUCGCGGCGUCGCCGAGCGCGGCCUGCUGACAACGUACAUGACGGUUGCCUGCCGCAACGGCGGCGGCGGCGACGGGGAGCUCAGCGAUUUCGCCGUCGCGACAGCGACUCUACCGGCGCUCAACCUCUAUGUCCCCGCUGCGGUGCUGCUGGCCACCGUGCGCGAGAUGGAGGCCACGUCGAAGGUGAGCGGCGUCGACGUCUGCACCGAGCGUGUAGUGAAGCAGGCGACGUCCUUGCGCACGCUGAUCGGGGACGACAUGCGGGUCUGGGAGACAAGCGCCGCCGCUCUCGGCGGUGGAGGCGGGGGUCGCAUGCAUCAGCAGCAACAGCCGUACCUCGUGCUUAUGAGCCCGUUUGUAGACAUGGCGGCGACGCUGCUGCCACCACCGGUGCACCGCGCGCGGCGUGCCCUGAAUGGUGUCCUCUCCCCGAUAGACUUCGACCUUGCAGCGCAGCUCGAGCACACGCAGCAGCUGCGCCGUCUGUUGCGCAGCGGCAGCGAUGACCCCGCCGGCGAUGGUCGAGGGUGCGGCGGAAAAGGUGCAGCUGCUGCGCGUGUGCGAGCCUACCUGAAAUCCUUGCUGAUGCCGAACACUGAGCACGGCACGGACGGCGUCGACGCUCAUGUCGUCUACUCGCCCUUCUACCCGCUUCCUCCGACCCUCCGCGGAGAGGUGUGGGGGUGCCUCCUGCGCGUGCCACCAUCUGCGCGCACCCGGGAGGCCCUCCUCGCCCACGCGGUCCACCACACCGCCGCCAAGCCGACACCGCACGACAGGCAGCUCUCGGUCGACAUUCCGCGCUGCCACGCGUACCACCCGCUGCUCAGCUCUUCGUCUGGAUCUGCACAGCUCAAGCGCAUCUUGCAGGCGUGGUUGUACCUCCACCCCGAGCACGCCUACUGGCAAGGGCUCGACAGCGUCUGUGCCGUCCUGCUGACCGUCAGCAACAGGGAUGAGGCGCUCGUGCUGGCGCAGCUCAACGCCCUCGUCCACCGCUUCAUCGCCCACGACGAGGACCGUGAGAGGCCCCGCGCCGCUGGCGGCAGUCUCGGCCUGCCCAGCGCCGGUGCCGCGGCGUCGCCGCCGCUUCCGGCCAGGAAGCCUACUAUGGCGGAGCAGCUCCACCGCAUCGUGGUUGUGCUGCGCUACUGCGACCCGCUUCUGGCCCACCACCUCUUCGACGUCCUCGGCUGCACACCGGAGCUGUACGCCAUCAGCUGGCUGCUGACGCUCUUCUCGCACAGCCUGCCGGCACGCAAGGUCUACCUCCUGUGGGACCACCUGUUCGUGGAGGACGACGUUGCCUGCCUCGUGGUGCUCUGCGCCGUCGUCAUUAUUCACAAGCGCGAGCUCCUGCUGAGCACGGACUUCUCCGGCUGCCUUGCGUCCUUCAGCAGCGGCGCAUCCUCCAUAGACGUCGCGGCUGCCGUCGGCGACGCGCGGUGGCUGAUGAGGGUUGUGCCGCCGUCGGUGCUAGCGCCGCCGCCGCCGGCGUCGUCGUUGGACAACCGCAAGGACGCGCAAGAGUCCUUCUAUGGCCGUGGGCAUGACGGUACCGGCGCAGUCAUCGGCCAUCCCCUCAGCAGCAGCAGCGGCGGCGGCGCCGCGGUGGCGCUCCUCGCCGUCGAGGACGUGGCCGCCGCGCUCGCAGCAUCGGUAACAGCAACCAGUGGCGGCGGUGACGGCGACAGGGAGGAGGGAGGCAGCGGGCCGCACUGGUUCGACAGCGGCAUCUACCUCGUGGAUGUGCGCGAGCAGCCGGCGGAGAAUGUCCUGCGGGAUUCGGUCCUCGGCGCCAUCAGCGUGCCGCUGCGCACGCCGGCGCGUCCGAAUGCGCACGCCUCCGCCGCGUCAGAAGGAGCGGCGCCUCAGCGUCGUGAGGGAUCUGAUGUGCGCGCCAGCGCAAGCACCGACGAGUUUGGCGACGUUGACGACGACGCAGCCGGUGCUGGAUGGGGUAUCGUGGAGCAGCAGGAGCGGAUGCAGGAGCAGCAGCGGGCGGAGCAGGACGCUGCGGCGCGGCAGGUCGAGGAUGCCACAGCGGCCAUUGUCCGCCACGUGGGAAACCCGGCCAUGGCUGCCAUCCUACCACGCGCGUGGAGGGCCACCAAGAAUCAUACUGCACCUCCGCUGCCGCCACCACAGCCAUCGUUACUAUCGUGCCCGUGGCCGGUGCACCCGAUCGUGCUGAAGGCGUCGCGUGCGCCGCAUGUAGUGCUGCUAACAUCCGGCGCUGUGGAUGCACAAGAGUUGCCGCUCGCCCACCAGCUCGGCGUGAAGCUCAACGCGUGUGGGGUGCACAAUGUCAGCAUACUGCGUGGCGGUGUCGCCAGCGUGCGGCGUGCGCUACCGGAGCUGGUGGUGCGUCGUGCGCCAUCCACGUAG